CGGAAACUGCCAUUGUCCAGCGGUCCUAGAGCGCUCCCCCGCCCUGGAGAACCUUCCCCUGCGACCAUCCGCCACGGGGCUCCAUGGGCUUCCAGUGGCCAAACCCAGCAGCUUGGACUUCAGACUGGGGAGGGACCAGAGUAGGGGAGGUUUGAGCUUGGACUGCGGGGAGCGAGGUUGGACACCACGCCUUUGCCUAGUCCCUCUGCACCCGAUUUUCCCUCUGGAAUCAACUCUGGGGACUCGGGGAUGCUACAAGGUCUCCUGGCCCGAGGGCAGUGGGAUUCCAUUUAGGGCCCUGGGUAAGGUGUACAGAAUUUUCGCCGGUUUCCGAGCCUGCUAGGAUGGUUCUGCUUGGCCCGGUGCUUCAAAGCAGAGGUCCGGGUUUUUUCAGCAGCUUUUCUACCGAACCUCUGGGCUCUGGGUAAAAAAGGGUCGAGCUCUAGAGGGGGAGAUCUGGGACCUGGUGGCUGAGGACCUAGGUACUGUAGUGAUCUGAAGCUGCCACAGAAGAAGAGCCCAGCAGACUUAUGGAGGUUGCAAUUGGGGUGGGGGUGGGGUAGUUGGGAACCCCGAGGGCGGGCGCCGCCCUAGGGGUGAAUCUGAGGAUGCUGGCUUACAAUUGUGCUAGCACAGGGUUCAAAACCACCUGCUUGGCAGAAUUGUUCUUUCUUUAAAAUAAAAAAAUUGGGCCUACUGGCACUUACAAUGCAGGGUUUACAGGUAGAGCAAAAGCGCACAGGGCCGCGACCCUCAGACGCAGGUUUGGAAGCGGGUAACGACCCUGUGACUCAGGUGCUCCUUCCCCUAGGCGCGCGAAUAACGCUGGGCGCAGUCUGAAUCCUUCCUUCCCUCCCCCCAGCCCCCUAUAAAAGUCCAAGGCGGCACCGAGGCGGCAUUGCUGCUCUCCAGGCCUCUUGCACACCUUUGGCCAGGCCCUGUCCGCCCCGUCUGGCACGCUAGGCAGGCCGCAGAGCCGACACCCUUUCCCUGGUUCUUGUCCCGCAGUGCGGGGCGGUGCGCCGGGGGCGCGACGUGUCUGGGGACAUCUUGUGAUGUUGGCGAGAACAGGACAUGAUCUCACAUGGCGAGAAGCUCUUUAGUUCCUUAAUCAUUUCACGGUGCCUUCGGACGCUUUUUUUCCACCUAAAACGUUUAGUUUCAGCUCAGUGAUCAGCUACCCCAGCUCGGCGGGGGAGCGGAAGGCUUCAAUUAUUCCGACUUGUGAGCGGCCCCUGCACCAAAAAAAAGAAAAAGAAAAAAAGAAAGAAAAAGGAAAAGAAAAAGAAAAGAAAGAAAGAAAAAGAGAGAAAAAAGAAAGAAAAACAAAGAAAGAAAAAAAGAAAGAAAGAAAAGGGGAAAAAGGCACCAAAAAAAGUGGAAACUUUCCCCCUAUCCAUUUCAUCAAAUCCUGAAAUAAUCAAAAUGGAUUUAGAGAAAAAUUACCCAACUCCUCGGACCAUCAGGACAGAUACAAGAAGCUGAGGCCUUAGGAGAAAGGACUGUGUAUUCUUAAGUCUUCGGAGAGAGAAUCAUGUUCCUGGUCUGCAAAGGCAAACUGCUAGGGAUAACAAGCCCCAACACAGCAAGUGUGCACUUCCUGAAGGACAUGGAGGAGUGAAUCAGCUUGGGGGGGUUUUUGUGAAUGGACGGCCACUCCCAGAUGUAGUCCGCCAAAGGAUAGUGGAACUUGCCCAUCAAGGUGUCAGGCCCUGCGACAUCUCCAGGCAGCUUCGGGUCAGCCAUGGUUGUGUCAGCAAAAUUCUUGGCAGGUAUUAUGAGACAGGAAGCAUCAAGCCGGGGGUGAUCGGAGGAUCCAAACCAAAGGUUGCCACUCCCAAAGUGGUGGAAAAAAUCGCUGAGUACAAACGCCAAAAUCCUACCAUGUUUGCCUGGGAGAUCAGGGACCGGCUGCUGGCAGAGCGAGUGUGUGACAAUGACACAGUGCCCAGUGUCAGCUCCAUCAACAGGAUCAUCCGGACAAAAGUACAGCAGCCCCCCAAUCAGCCGGUCCCAGCUUCCAGUCACAGCAUAGUGUCUACAGGCUCCGUGACGCAGGUGUCGUCGGUGAGCACCGACUCUGCAGGCUCCUCGUACUCCAUCAGCGGCAUCCUGGGCAUCACGUCCCCCAGUGCCGACACCAACAAGCGCAAGAGGGAUGAAGGUAUUCAGGAGUCUCCCGUGCCGAAUGGCCACUCACUUCCAGGCCGAGACUUCCUCCGAAAGCAGAUGCGGGGAGAUCUGUUCACACAGCAGCAGCUGGAGGUGCUGGACCGCGUGUUCGAGAGACAGCACUACUCAGACAUCUUCACCACCACGGAGCCCAUCAAGCCAGAGCAGUGGUGCCCGGUGCUGAUGAGACAAUACUUGGCGCAGCCCCAGGCAGUCCUUUUCCAGACCACAGAGUAUUCAGCCAUGGCUUCACUGGCUGGAAGCCUGGAUGAUAUGAAAGCCAACUUGACAAGCCCCACCCCCGCUGACAUCGGGAGCAGCGUUCCAGGCCCGCAGUCCUACCCCAUUGUCACAGGCCGAGACUUGGCAAGCACGACCCUUCCGGGGUACCCUCCGCACGUGCCCCCCGCUGGACAGGGCAGCUACUCUGCACCGACGCUGACAGGGAUGGUGCCUGGGAGCGAAUUUUCUGGGAGUCCCUACAGCCACCCUCAAUAUUCCUCCUACAAUGAUUCAUGGAGGUUCCCCAACCCAGGGCUGCUCGGCUCCCCAUACUAUUACAGCGCCGCAGCCCGAGGAGCCGCCCCACCGGCCGCAGCCACCGCCUACGACCGCCACUGACCCUCAGAGCCAUGUGGGCGCCAAGCACUUGCAACACAUAUCAUUGAGGGAGACAGUCUCCCAACCCCCAAGGCAGACAGAGGGGCCCAACGCCGCCGCCUCCCACCCCCACUCCACACUCCUUUGAAGUCCUCCCCUUUGUCCUGCCUGGGACCCAGGUAGGGCCAUUGGACCUCUCCAUCCUUGUCAUUUCAAGAGUCGCUUGAUGAGCUUCUGCAGGUGGCAACAGGGUCUCCGCUGUACUGAAGACCACCGUGGCCAAGCCCAGCUUGCCAGUCCCUCUGACUGUCUGACCAUCUCUGUGUUUCAGCCCAGCAGGCCUGGAAAGGAGAGUUAGCUUUUACUGCUUCACGGCACCCAUGUAAAUACCUUCCUGCUUCUCUGUGGGCCUGAGGCCCUGACAGAGCAGAUUAGCCAACCCUCAGUGCAUCCCAGGACAUCUUCCACAUGUGCACAGGCGUCCCUGUCCUGGUGCCCUGUCAGUUAUCUCAAAGCCGUCUUUGAAACUGACAGUGCCUACUACCUUGAGGACACCUGACCUCUAGCUCACUCCACUUCUCUGCUGUCCAGAAGGCUCACUGGUGGUCAUGGUACAAGUUUCCUUUGAAGUUUCCCUCCAAGAGGAAUACGCUCCAAGGAGAUGCCCUGGCUCCUUGUCUCCAUUUCCACAGAGCCACCACAGGGUCAAGAACUCCAAGAGAACUGUCUGGGACAUUCUUCAGCUGCCGUUCUAAAGUAAGAGGUUACCCAUAUGCCGAGUGUGGCUCUGAAUGGCUGUCUGGAUCAAAAGAUCAUGUGACCCCGGGGGCCAGGAGUAGGGCUGAGGCUGAUCCUCCUGGCCCCCAGAACCACCAAACUGAAUGUGUUUCCUGAGGCAUGUCCAGGCUUAGGUCACUUUGGACAUCAGACAUGGACACUUCAUCCAACAGCGGUUCUUUGCGACCCCAACUACUGGAUUCUCGGCAAGCCUAUGCCAGCCACAGAGACAGUGUCUAACAGAAAGGACUUAUUCCUGCAUUGAGGACCAGCACAUCCUGCAGGCAGCAGCUAGGACCUGAGCUUCCUCUCCCACAGCCCUGCCCACCUUUGGGGAACACAGUGUGUGGCUGGGUGUGGAGGUGCUGGGGAAGGUGGCCCAGGUACCUGACUCAUACCAGGCAGGUCAAUCUGCUGCUACAGGGGGUCAAGAUGGAACUCUCUGUGGGAAAGACAGACAGAGGAAUAUGUGGGAGACAGAGGAAUAUGGGGAGGGACAGGACGAGCAAUGAGGAACUGGUGAGUGACUUGGGGGUGGGUUUGAGUCAGGGGUGCCCGGUGACACAAUUUCUUUAUCUGGACCCUCUAUUCUCUGCACAGUCCCUCUUGCCAACUCUGAAUAGCAGAGAAGAACCCCCCCCACCCCCCGCCCUGGUCUUCUCAACUGAGGCUGAAUUAUGUUAAUCAUGGAGAAGUUGACCAUUUCAUAUGACAGUGUCCCCUGUAGCUGUGCUGUGGGGCCACAGACCCUUUACCUCUCUGAGGUUCUGCUGGGCUGAUAGCAGGCUUAGUUCAUGAUUUUUCCUUCCUCCCUACCUCCCAGGGAGCAGUGGUAGUGACUGUCACCUAGGUCAGCCUUCACUUUUGAACAAGAUUGUGGGGCCUUGCUAAUGUUCCAGUCAAGUGUAAAACAAGAGUGGGAAACAAAAAGACAUAGUUUAGUCCCUGAGGGAAACUGAGGCCCUGCUUAUGGUGGCCCAGAACCAGACAGGGAGAGCACACAGACCUCCUCCCUGUGUAUUUUGUGCCUCAAUAACCCCAACAGGGGAGUAGGACAAAAGAAAUAGUGGAGGCUCCAAGCAGUGACUGACUGCUGAAGUAAGGUUUGGGACUUGGGCCCCUGACUUCUGAUGAUCUCUGUCGCCUCUCUCUUCCCAUUUUCUGUACCUGGGAGAGGAUGUGGCAGUAAAGACAACAGGAGGUACUACUUGACCCAGAACUCCAGAUUAGGCCUCCAAACCAGUACAAUGGCCAAGGUCCCCCCUCACCAGGUCAGAGGCAAGGCACAUAGGAACUCAAAGCAGGCUGGGUACUUGGGGAACUAAAGGAAUGCAGCUAGAGAGCCUCAAGCCACCUCCAGGAGCUGAGUGAUCUGCUUCCAGCCUCCUGUUACCUGAGGAGGAAGAAGGCUCCAUCCUCAUUCCUCUUUCCCUGUCCCCAGCCAUGGCUCUGCUAGAGCAAUGCUCUCUCUGGGCUUCUUGCAGUUUCUCAGAAAGAGGGCAGCGUCCCUGAACCAGCUCUCAGUUCCGCACACCUUCCUCAGCAAAGCCCACCCUGCCCCACAGUGGCUCCCUCCCCAGCCCCUAGAAGGAGCUCCAUCCUCCCCUCUCACCUGAGGUGCUGCUGGUCCUCAGAUUGGAGACUAUUUAUCAGACAACCCCAUGGUUCCUGGGAUGCAGGUAAAAGCACAAGAGCACAGAGACGCACGGCUGCCCACGCACGCACGCACACACUGCUCUUGCCAGCCCUUGAGAUGCAGGGGCGCGUGGGCGGUCUUGGGCUUGCACUCUCACGCCAUAGAUGCACAAUGCCAGGGAACAGAGUGGGGGGUGGGGGUGGGGGUGGGGGCUUUAGCAGCUCUGUGGCCUGGGCAUUCCUCCACGGGCCUUCACUCCUGUCGUCCCGUUUGAACUUUGUGAAAAAAAAAAAAGAUAAUUUUCAUACUAUUUGUCUAGCUCCAGCCUGAGAACUUGUGUUAUAUAGCAAACUCACCAACCCUUUGCUAAGGCACCUUCUCAGAGAUCGAGCCUUCAUAACCGACACAUAACUAACUGUAUAGUGCUUUGUAAUUGCUCCACCCUCCCAUGGGGCAAAGACCCUGACACUUGGAGCUCACUGUGAAGACGCAGAUGAAGUGAGUUCUCAGAUCUCUGAGUCACAGUCUUUGCCCACAAGGUUGAGCACCCCUCACAGAGCAUAUGGCUUGAAGACCCUCACUGCUCGCUCCCCCAGAAAUUCCCAGACCUACCACACAAGGAAAACAGAGCCCAGAAACUGGACCAGUAACAGGAAGGGUCUGGGGACCGGUGGCCUUGCUGGUCCCAUUGACACGGAAACUUACAGUCUUGACGCAAAUUCACGUAAUACUUAGUGUUUGUGGAGCCUUUCCCUGCUGUAACCUGAAGCUCCCAGGACAGUGUGUCCAAGCCUGUGCCAUAGUCCCUGGCAGAGCCUAGACAUGAACCUGCUCUCGCUCUCAGAGGGUAAGGCAGCAGUUCCAUGAGCCACCCCCUCUUCUCUUGUCUCUGCCCUUUUAACCUUGGAGUAAGCCGUGACAAGGUGCAGGAGAGCCUGGGCUAGAAUCUGAGGCCAGCCGGCUGAUUCAAAGCCACACUCCGGGCAGGGUACACGGCAGCAGGGUACGGUGUGGCUUCAGGCAUCUAGAGUGUGAUUGGCCCAUGGUCUGUCACCUCAACAGUGAAAACCUUUAAAACACUCUGAUGGCCAAAAGGAAAGGCCGUCUGUAGGCCGACUCCGCCCAUCACAGUCCUGUCAGGGCCUCCGUUCCUCUUCACACUCUUUCAUGAACACUGGAGAAGAUGGCUGGGAGGCGAGGGCUGUGUGAGCUGUUUGGACUUUGGAGGUGGCAGUGGGUGAAAACAAGAGAUGUGGCGGGCCUGAAGGGAGCUGUUGGCUUUCUAUGCUAGAGCCCCAGAUGUGGCCACAGGGCAUCGAAGGGUGAAAUCCCUUUAUGAGGAGUCAGGCUCCAGGGUGGCUUUGGCAGCCUUAGCUCUUUGUAGGUGACAUUUCAGCUAGAGUUUAACUCCAAGUCGUGGGGAGCAAAUCUUAAAAACAAACCAAGCACUCCCAAACGAACACUAGGAACAAGUGACGUCUGACACACAGUCUCUCAGGAGUCCCCUGCACAGGCCUGGCUAGGGCAGGUUGACCCCAUUGGUCUCCGAGUUAGACCAGCUCCGUGGUGGUCCUGGCCUUGUCACCAUCUCUGAGUCCGCCUCGGAUGGUUUCCAAGCACAUGCUGGUGCACCUGGGUAAAUUUAUUCUUUUAGUGCUCUAGCCUCUGAGAGGUCCAAGGCACAUGCAUUUCUUAAAAGGAAACAAAAUACAUGAUUGGAGACUUGGACAGUCAGGCCACGACUCCUCCCCUGCAGUCUGCCCUACCUCCCAGUGGCCCCUUCAGCCCCUUGGCCCUCGCUGUCCCUGGACCUCAAGAUCCCUUUUUGCAUAUGCAUGAGGGAGCCACGGAGUUGUUCCCCACCUCCCUGCUGUCAGCUCCGACUGUUCGUGCAGUCCCAAGGGCCAGCUGCAGAGCACAUAGUGAGUCCCUCGCAUAGGUGCUUCCUGUCACAUCUCCAUCCUCUGUGGAGUGAGCUGCACGCUGGGAGCAGCAGGUACCCAUCUUUCUCUCUGUCUUUGGUAAUUCCUCAGCACCAAGGCCCAGUUCCUGGACACGUCCAGGGCUGACAGAGAACUCAUAUCUGAUCACUGCCAUUCCCAGGUUUCCAGCCAGAGUUCCUCCUAGUACAGCAGAUGACGGUGAGCACAGCGGCCUGGUGAUGAUACAUCUAGAGUCUUCUGCCCACACCCUAGACUCCUGACCAGCACCAGGCUGCUGUUUUUGUUCUCACUGUGGGAGGAUGUUAUGGUGUCUUGGUGGCAUCCUGAUGGAUCCAGUUCAGUCUGGACAGCUUUGGGCACGGAGCAGAGAGGGGAGAAAAGGAGACACCAUAAAGGAUGAGGGACUUGGCAGCUUUGUGCUUCUCGCUGACUCUAAGGCCUGACUUCAGGAGCCCAACCUGAAGUCUCACCUGCCCCACCUGGGCUCACUCACCUGCUAAGGCAGCUGUACACAGGCGUUGAGUCCUCCCCAAGCCACCAUGCAGAUGGCACACCCCCCACCUUCUCCAAAAGCACCACUAAGAACAUGUCGUGAUAGGUUUUUGACUUAUAAAUGGUGCACUUCCCUUAGAGUGGAACAGAAAGGGAACAGGUUUGAUGACCCCCUCGUUUGCAAGCACGAAUACAUUUUAAUGAAACUAUUUUAUUGUAUUUGAGGAAAAUGGAGAGUUGAACAUUCCAACCAAUCAAUAGCCAAUUAAUUGCUAUAAACAUAAAAAGAAAAUAAAUCCCAAGUCUAUUUUAAGCAUCUUGCAAGACUCAGAGCCUCAGAGUCAGGCCUUCCUCUCCAUGCCAUGUGUACAGGGGCAUGAAGAGGGGAGUACACACACACAGACACACACACACACACACACACAUACACAAUCCUACACUCACACACAGUCCCAUACAUCCACACUCUCACACAUAUCCACAUACUGUUAUACUCAUAUACAGUCACACACACAUGCACACACACACAUACACACUCUUACAGCCACAAACACACUUAUACACAGUUACACACACUAAUACACAGUCACACACUCACACACAUAUAUACACAGUCACACACUCACACACACUAAUACACACAAUCACACACGCUUACACACUAAGAGUCACACACUUCCCCCAACCAUCACAUAAGCUCACACACACACUCCUACACUCACAGUCCCACACAUCCACACUUUCACACACAUCUAUACACUGUUAUACUCACAUGCAGUCACACAUAUAUCACACACACACAUAUAUAUAUAUACACACACACUCUUACAGUCACACAAUCACACACUUAUCACUUAGACACAGUCACAUACUCACACACUUAUACAAACAAUUACAUAUGCUUACACACUUAUACACACUCUUACACACUCACAAUCACACGCCAACAGUCACAUAAGCUCGCAUACUUAAACACACGCUCACACACUCUGAUACUAGGACAUGAAACUCAGAAGAACCUCUGAGUCUGCCAAUGGCAGGUCCUGCGGGUUUCCCUUGCCUUUAGUCCCUGAAGGUGAGCAGACCCAGCAGCAGCCUGUCCUGGGGCUCAGAAAGGGACAGAGCUGGCUCCCAGCCCCGAGCCACCAGCGCAGUGUGGAUCGUUAGCAACGAGGGCCUGAUGUUGCCAGCAUGUUUCUUCUCUGCCUGGCUACAGAGUCACCCCCACGGUGGUCAGGGGGUGGAAUUUUGACCAGAGUGUGGCCCUGGCUCCUGCUGGACAAUGCUGCCCUGGUUUGUCACCCUCUAGUGGCCUUCAGACAUUGAGUAUUUGUAGAAAUUCAGAUUACAUUCCAGUGGAACUCCGCCAGGAAGACGUGGGGUUUGCGCUUCAUACUUUUCAAUGGUUAACCUUGUCCUAGGGACGGACCUUUCCAGCAUCAAAGAAAUACAUAUCUACUGAUCUACCGUAUCCACCAAAGUUUGUGAUGCCUGCAUAGACGCUUGUUAAAAAAAAUAAUAAAAAAUACAACAAAAAUAAAUAAAACCACACAAUUGAAUUGCCUUUGAAAGUGGGAGACGUUCUGUCUCCAACAGAUGGGAGACAAAAAGCUUCUUCAGAGUACGUAUGUUUUGUAUUCCUUUUCUAGUAGGACUGACUUGAAAUAUUGGUGGCUUUUUUUUUUCUUAGUGAAGUGUGUUGCUUUUGUGCGUGAUAAUAUUUGAAUGUAAUUACAGCAGUGCCAAUUUGCCAAAGAUGUUGGACUAUUUUUCUUUCGUUGGGAGAAGGGAAGGGGGCUGAGGGCGGGAUGUGGGAGGAACCGGGUUGGGAUCCUGGUCUAAUUUUUUUUAACUUUUUUUUUCCUGUCAAAUCUGGGAUUUGUGGGUUUAUUUUAAGUUAAAUGGUUGACUGCAACACCUUUAUUUUAAAUUUAGCUGAAGAAACAUGCAAUAAGCCUGGUGUAGUUUCAAUAUCUGUGUCCUUUCAUGAGUGACUGUUCCUUGUGAAGAAUUGAUUUUAUGUAACCUUUAUGUGAGAUAAUUAUUUGUAAAUAUUUGCCAUAAUUUUAUUGGUUCCUAAAAAUAAAAGUAAUUUUUUUAAGUUCAGAAAAA